UUGCAAGUCUGCGUUCGAAGAUGCAUGUGUCGAAAUUGCUCCUUACGUCUUUCUUGCACGCAUAGCGCGGAGAGCAAAGGAGAGAGAGAGAAAGAGAAAGAGGUUACCAGCAAUAAAUAACAGUUUCCGAACGCAGCCCCGAUGCAGUGCAGUAACUGCGCAUGCGCGUUCUGUUAUAUGUAAGAAUGAAAACAUCCAUGAAAAAUACUAAACACCCUUCAUCCUUCAUUGUUUCAUAGGGUGUUCACGAAUUCUUUUGUGAGUGGAGUUGUGAAGGGACGAGGACAAGGCGAUCGAAAUCGAGAACAGCUGAUCGUUAGGCUUGGCCCUUCUUGUCGCCUGCUUUCUCGAAAGCUUAAUGCCCUUACCCCGUUGUUGCAAUGUGGGGUCGUUUAUUGUCUCGCCCAUGAUGGGGGAAAAGCUCAUUGUUGUUGUGAUGUAUGUCUCAAUGACCACCGAACAUAUGAAAUCUAGAAUGGGCUAAUGCUGACCAUUUCGCUGAAGUUUUGAUAAGAACGAUAAGAGCUAUUUUCUAACACACUCUUUAAGCCAAUUUACUAUAGAUUCAUGAGAAAAAAGAAAUUAAAAUAAUCUUUGUUUAUUAAGCAGUGACUUGAGGUUAUUUUUGUUUUGAAGAUCUAGUAAUAUUUUACAGAUGUGAAUUUAAAAUAUCUACUAUGCAGGCCUUGCUGUCAUUGUGGUCACAGUCACCACCACAACUCAAGUCCCUUUGCUUGAAGUACAUUGCUGAGAAUGUGGACAUUUUAAAGAGGAAAGAUGUUCAGUUACCGAUUGAAGUAUGGGAGUCAUUCAUUGACAUGUAUCAGCGUCUUGGAUACAUUGUAGAUGAUCAUUUAUUGGCCUUAUCAAACUGCCAUAUCAAACGUCUUCAUCUCCGCAAUGCUGAUGUCACAGAUGCUGGACUAAUAGUUGUCCUUACACAACAGCUGGUGGAAUUAGACCUUAGAAAUUGUGACAGACUUACUCCUAAUCUUAUCCAGUACCUCAACCAGUAUGGUGGUGAUUCUUUGCAAUCAUUAACUUUGGCAAGCAAUGGAAAUCUGUUAUCAGGCAUGCCUCCCCUGUGCAUAAGCAAUGGUAGCUUUGACAUAAAACUUCACAACUUGAAAAGGUUGAUCAUAAAUGACCUCACUGGGUGUGAAACUAGGCUAAAAUCUUUAAUUUCCCCAGUAAGAAACCUAACUCACCUUGAUCUUUCAAACUGUUGCAACCUGGGUGACUUGUCGUAUGUGACUCCUCUUGAAAAUCUCACUUCCCUCAUUCUUUAUAAUGUCAAGGAAAUGCAUUUCACCAUUCUUUCUAUUUGUAAACUGAAAAAUCUAAGGCAUUUGGACCUAUCUCAACCAGUACCCAAGGAAGCCCCAAGAAUGUAUAAACGACCAGAUUAUUAUCUUGAUCUGAUCGUCACCUCACUACCAAAUCUUGUAUCACUUGACAUUUCUGGCUCCAACCUAGCUGGGAAAGGUAAGUCAAUAUUUUUCAACAGGAAGUAUUUGUUAAGCUUUCCUUUUACCACUAGUGACACAAGAAUUGUAUUUUUGGCAGGUCCAGUUGCUAUGGCAAAAGAUGGGAUAUCGGACAUCCCCGGUCUAGUGUCAAGGGCUAGCAAUCCCUUACACUUCUUGGGUCUAUUUUAUACCAGUCAUGCUGCUAGUACAAGACACCACAUCCCAGCAAAAGUGGUGUCUGGAGACGCUAAUGAAGCUCAACUUCUAGUUGCUGCUUCAGCUUACAUGGAACGUCCACCAAUGUUAAAAAACGUGUUACAUGAAAUAUUUUUUAUUCUCCGCAAUGAAAUGUUUAAUGAUUGGAAGGCGUGUUUGGAUACUGUUAUUCAAAUUAUGGAUCGUCAUUUGAAUGAUGAAAGUAUCCAGACUACUGGCAGUGCCUCUUUGUAUUAUUUAAUGAAGCACUUGCAAAAAGGACAGCAUACUCAGACUAAGCAAAGGCUGAUGUGGACCCUUCUGAAUGGCUUGGAGGCUCAUGCUACGGCAACUAUGAUGAAAAAUUGCUGUCUCAUCUUGACUCUUAUUCUUCGUUUCACACCUCAUGAGUUGUUCUACUUUGAGCGUAUAGUAAAGCUGACACUCCGAAGGGUAGAAACCGGUGAGGGUCCGAUCCGAAGAAACGGUAUAACACUGCUCAAUUCUAUUGCUGUGACAGUUGACAGUAAAGACAAAGAGCAUAUGGGUGACUAUGGAACCAUCUAUAGGAUGCUUGCAGUCAUUGAAUCUCAUUUAAGAAAUAAGAUGAGCGGGGAAAUCCUUGACACAGCCUGGUCAACUAUGUGGAAUGCAACUGACGAAACCCCUCGAAAUUGUCAGCGUUUCUUGGAUGGAAAUGGCAUGGAGAUGUUUCUCCGAUGUUUAAGAGCUUUUCCCAAAAAGGAAGAAAUGAUCCGCAAUAUGUUGGGACUUCUAGGAAAUGUUGCUGAAGUCAGUUGGCUUCGGCCUCAAUUAAUGAACAGCCGGUUUGUUCAAGAAAUUUCAAAGCUUCUUGAUUAUGAUGGAAUUGAGGUAAGCUACAAUGCUGCUGGUGUCCUGUCAAACAUGGCAUCUGAUGGAGAGGAGUACUGGACCAUUGAUGAACCCUCCAGAGCAGAAGCAUUGAGGAGAAUGGUCUUUGCAAUAGAAUGCUGGGACUUGAGCACUCAGAGAUUUAUUCAUUAUCGUUCUUUUGAACCAAUUCUUGGUCUCUUGCGAAAGUCCCACACUCCUGAGUGUCAACAUUGGGCGGCAUGGGCACUUGCCAACCUUACAAGAGUUUACCCUGACAAGUAUUGUCCUCUGCUAGAAUCAGAGAAUGGCAUCCCUCUGCUAAGACAACUAAUGGAAACUGAUGUGAAUGAACGGGUGAAGCAGCUUUGUCAGAUGGUCAUAGACCAAUGUGUGCAUCUUGGAAAAGGUUACAUACCGAUGGAAGUUGAGGAAUAUGUAGAGGAAGACGACAAUGGGGAUGAUGAGGGGGACGAUAAUGAUGAUGGAGAUAUGCAGCUUGAUGGAUGAAUCUAGAAAUAUGUUAAAACAUGUGGGUAUUUUCCUAGGACUUGCAGAAGGCUUUCAACCUAUUUGGCAAAGUUUGCGGCGAUGAAAAUUUGCAUCCUAUUCAAUUAAUACCCUCUAGUUACAGUGAAGGUCUUGUAUUCUAUUUUAUUACAUAGGAACACACCUAGGUGUGAUAAGAUACACCACUAAACAUUAGUCUAUUUAUGUGAUAUGAUAGUGCUGUCAAUAUAUUACAAAAACAAUUCAUUAGUUUUAACAUCCUUUCCCAUUCCCUUGCUUAUUCUUACCCACUACAUAUUAACCUUUUUUGUGUUAAAAGUAAUGCUGUAGAUAUAAAUGUACAUAAGGUUCAGUAGGUGAUCUAUAAUCAAUUCUAGAAUGUAUUUUUCUUUUUCCAAAAGUUUGCAAAGCAAGGACAAAAUUACCUAUUCUAUUUCCUAUAAAGUUAAAUUUAUAGGUCCAGAUCAAAGCUUUUAGUUUUAUUUAAAAAGAAGAUAUGUUUAUUGUAACAAUAUUGUGUAUUGGCAUUUAUUUAAGUACCUAGUAUUUAUUAUUUCAUGUCAAUUUUUCCAUUUCAUCUCUACAUUGUUUUGUGUAAUGUUAUUUUUCUAAAUGUUUUAUUUAUAAACAACUUUUAUCAUGUUAAAUGAAAGACGGAACCCAAAUUCUAUGGAGGUCAAUGUGCUUAACUGCUGUGGCUAUGAAGUAGAUGUAUUACAGUAGAGUUUCAAGAAUGUUACUACGCUCUACAAGUAGCUAUUCAUGAGUUUAUUUUUCUACUUGUGCAGCAAGAAUGUUUUCAAUGUGGAGAGACAUUGCAGUUCUAACAUUGACUGACAAAAAUGUGUAUCCCUCCCAUGAACGAAUAAGUGAUUUUUCUCUAUGGCUAGCUGCCAAGUGCCAUCAAAAUUUUUGGGUCUCUGACAUUUCUUCCUUUGAUCUACUUGAUUUUUGUUUUUGUUAUAUUUUUAUUUUAUCCUCAAAUUUUUGUUUUAAAGGCACAAUUAUUUUGUGAAUAUUUUUUUUUUUUUUUUGCCUUCUGUUUAUUUUAAGGGUUCUUUGUGCCCUGUAAAUGUCUUGCCAUAACAUAAACAUCAUAACAAUGCAAGCUGUGUGUGUCACUGAAGGUUUAACUUUGUGCUCCCAAGUUACCAAAGUAUUGCUAAAUCUCACUUUCUGUAUGAUUAUGAUUACUCUGUCCUACUUAAUCUGUUCUGGUUGUCAUCAUUAGUACAGAACAACCCAUUACACAGAUAUCUAACGUGCUGUUCUCAUGGGGAAAAUUGAUUAUUGUGCUGUGAUUACUGGUUUUAAUUCUCCAAUUGGUUUCCUGGGAUUGUAGGUUGUGUUGUAUGUAUCCCAUAUUGGGCUGUAUAUUGGGUGUGAAAAAUAUUAUGGUAGAGUAUUGAUGUUGUUUGUAACCAGAACUAGUUUUUCUUUAAAUCUUAAUGUGGAAAUUCCUUCCAUGAUUUGACAUUUACAAUUGCAUUCAAGAGUGCACCUGUCAGUGCUUGCCUCAAUUCAGUACAAUCAUUCAUGAAUGUAUAUCCAAGUGUUACAUGGCAUUGUAUGAACAUUAUUUCAAGCUUUGUGUCUCUAAUCUGUGUGUGUGCGUGUGUGUGUCAUACACCACCAUGUUAGAGAGUUGAAGAAGUUACUGUGUCAAAUCAAUCUCAUGACUUGGAUCAGCCUCAUGUGUCGAUACUCGCUCAGAUUUUCUCUACAUCCAUAGCAAUAAGUUGUUUUCUUUUUUUCAUGUAUUUGUAUAGAGAUGGUCGUAUCAUGGCUGCUUAUAACUUGGAAUGCAAUUUCUAUUAGCAAGUUCAAUGUGGCACAAUCACAAUGUGGUUACGCUUUGCUUUUCUUUACCCUGGAAAUUCCACCCGUACUCAAUUUGUUAAAUUAUUUCUUUUGGGUAACUAUUUCAAUCCUUCUUUGUGGGUUUCAAGAAAUCAUGAUGAUGAAUCCUAAGCUGUUGACAGUCUGUUGUGACUAAAGUAUAUUUCACCUAUCUUGCUUUUUGUUUGAAAAUCUCACAAUUCUUAAAGUCGCAUUGUAAGUAUGUAAGUUAGCUGACAAGAGAAUAUCUGCCUAAAUUUUUGAAAUCAAUGUUUGUCAUAAGGGAUUUUAUAGAGUGAGUACAGUACUUUUAAUUCAUGAAGAAAUGUUAAUUAUGUAUGACACUUCUAGUUUUACUGACCUAUUGACACAUUAGAUACGGUAGACAUGAAAUGACUACACGCUAAAUGCUUUAAAGAUAGCAAUGAAAAACAGAAAGUGAAAUAUUUUUGCUGGAAAAUUGCUGAGUGCUAUUGUAAAUGCCCAGAUAUUUUUUUUCUUUUUUAAUAUUUUUUUGUGGUGUUGAUUUCUGUGAUAAGCUUGAAGUAAAUAGGCCCGUUUUUUGUAGCUGCCUAGUUUUAAUUGCAGUCUGUUUGUCGCACACUAAUAGUUUUCUUUUGGCAUAAAAAAAUUGAAUUCUGUUUAAACCAAAUAAGAAAAUUAAUCCUUGUGCUUUGAAUUGGUGAGGAAAAUUGUGUUGUGCUGUCUCCUUAUUCCUUCCAGAAAGCUUUAAUAAAGAGUAAAUAUUCCUAUGUUUCAACAGAA